CCUCUCUGCUCUGUGGCUGCCUGCCCCACUCCCCGCCGAGACACGCUCCAAACAGGUCACCCACCUGGAGCCCCAGCAAGCCCGAAACAGACAGCCCAGUGACGUGCCAUGGAAGCCGCCGACGCCUCCAGGAGCAACGGGAUGGGUCUAGAAGCCAAGGAUGCCCGCGGCCCCCCAGGCCUCAGCGGUGGCCUGGAGAGCGGGACCAAGGGGGAAGCCAAGGACGCCAAGACCACCAAUGGGCAUGGUGGGGAGGCAGGCGAGGGCAAGAGCCUGGGCAGCUCCCUGAAGUCCGGAGAGGGGAAGAGCUCCCUGUUCUUGGGGAACGAGUGGCGGCGGCCCAUCAUCCAGUUUGUUGAGUCCGUGGACGACAAGGGCUCCAACUACUUCAGCAUGGACUCCGCGGAAGGCAGGCGGUCCCCCUACGCAGGGCUCCAGCUGGGGGUCACCAAGAAGCCGCCGGUCGCCUUCGCCGACAAGGGGGAGUUGCGCAAGUCCAUCUUCUCGGAGGCCCGGAAGCCCACGGUGUCCAUCCUGGAGCCGGGGGAGGCGCGGCCGAACAGCUACCCUCGGGCCGACACCAGCAUCCUCCUGCGGCCCAAGUCCGGCUCCGAGGAGGUCCUGUGCGACUCGUGCAUCGGCAACAAGCAGAAGGCUGUUAAGUCUUGCCUGGUGUGCCAGGCCUCCUUUUGCGAGCUCCACCUCAAGCCUCACCUGGAGGGUGCCGCCUUCCGCGACCACCAGCUGCUGGAGCCCAUCCGGGACUUUGAGGCCCGCAAGUGCCCUCUGCAUGGGAAGACCAUGGAGCUCUUCUGCCAGACCGACCAGACCUGCAUCUGCUACCUCUGCAUGUUCCAGGAGCACAAGAAUCACAGCACUGUGACCGUGGAGGAAGCCAAGGCCGAGAAGGAGACUGAGCUGUCACUACAGAAGGAGCAGCUGCAGCUCAAGAUCAUUGAGAUUGAGGAUGAAGCUGAGAAGUGGCAGAAGGAGAAGGACCGUAUCAAGAGCUUCACCACCAGUGAGAAGGCCAUCCUGGAGCAGAACUUCCAGGACUUGGUACGGGACCUGGAGAAGCAGAAAGAAGAAGUGAGGGCUGCACUGGAGCAGCGGGAGCAGGAUGCUGUGGACCAAGUGAAGGUGAUCGUGGAUGCUCUGGACGAAAGGGCAAAAGUGCUGCACGAGGACAAGCAGACCAGAGAGCAGCUGCAUAGUAUCAGUGACUCAGUGCUGUUUCUGCAGGAAUUUGGUGCAUUGAUGAGCAAUUACUCCCUCCCCCCGCCCCUGCCUACCUACCAUGUUCUGCUGGAGGGGGAGGGCCUGGGACAGUCACUCGGCAACUGCAGGGAUGACCUGCUCAACGUGUGCAUGCGCCAUGUUGAGAAGAUGUGCAAGGCGGAACUGAGCCGUAACUUCAUCGAGAGAAGCCACAUGGAAAAUGGUGGUGAUCAUCGUUACACGAACAGCUAUACAAACAGCUACGGGACUGAGUGGAGUAUGCCAGACACCAUGAAGAGAUACUCCAUGUACCUCACACCCAAGGGUGGAGCCCGGACAUCAUACCAGCCAUCAUCCCCCAGCCGCCUCUCCAAGGAGACCAGCCAGAAGAAUUUCAACAACCUCUAUGGCACCAAGGGUAACUAUACCUCCCGGGUCUGGGAAUACUCCACCAUCCAAAAUUCUGACGACCUGCCUGCAGUCCAAGGCAGCUCCUCCUUCUCCUUGAAAGGCUAUCCCUCCCUCAUGCGGAGCCAGAGCCCUAAGACCCAGCCGCAGACUUGGAAAUCCAGCAAGCAGACUUUGCUGUCUCACUGCCGGCCAUUCUACGUCAACAAAGGCAAUGGGAUCGGGUCCAAUGAGGCCCCGUGAGUCCUAGACAGGACUGAACGAGGCAUCACCACUCCUGGCCUCCUCAGCUGAUUCUGCUGCUAGUGCCUUCUAAACCACUCUUCCUGUUUGGAUGGGAGGGCUCCUGGCCCACGCCUGUCUCCCCUAGCUCUCUGCCAGCCCUCUCCGGGCAGUCCUGGCUUCACUUCUCCCUCGUUAGCACACUCCAUCCGAGCCCCUUUCUUGCUUUCUAUGUUCCGAUGGCCCCCAUCUUUCCUGUGCUCAUAGACCAAGCCAUUGCUGGGGUGGGAGAUAGGCGGAGCUUCUCUUCUCACUCACCACCUCCUCUUGGGUUGGAUUGUUGGGGCUAGCAGUGCGUGCCCACAUAGUCUCAGCCUGCCUCUCCUGCCCAUGCCCUGCUGUCUGCAGGCCCGAUGACCAUUGCUCUCCAAGGCCCUUUCCACCAUGAUGUGGUCAGUAGGUGCCUGGCCAAAACAGCUGUACCUCUCCCAUCUAUGUAGACCCUCUUCUUCCCAGCUGCCUGGCCCUGCCAGCAGAGGCCUGGCCCCAUGUGCCCUGUUCUGGUCACAGCCACCAAUACUCAGCCUGGCAGAACCUUCAGCCCGGGCCAUGUCAGAAGGGAACCUUCUCAGUGUUGUGGUAUCAUCCAGCCCUGGCCUCGAAUCUUCACAUCCACUUUGAGUCCUCGGUCCCAGCAGGGCAUGGCUCUCCUGGCUAGCAGGAUGAUCUUAGCCAAAAUAUCCCUCUCUUCCUCUUGCUGGGUUAGGCAAUUCCCUCAGCAUGAUAUAAUGCACCCAUGAAAAUUGCUACUCUCCCAGCUGCCCUUAAGGGAGAUAAUCAUUUUCCUAUAGAGUUUCACUUACUUUACAAUUCUGUGUUCUCCUUAGUAAUGGAAAGUGAGCAGGCUGGUGGAAAUGUGGCCGGGCUGGUAACCGGGGGUGUUAUUUACAAGGGUGCCUUACACAUUGCCCCCAUGAGAGGUUUCCUCUUCCCUCUGACCAGCCUCAUGUUGCAUCUCACGGGCCCAGGGCCUGGAGAGAGGACCAGACCUGGAGCAGCAAGGUGGGACCCAGCCCUCCUCUCACCCCAAACACCCCUAUGCCGCCCCCACUUCCCAGCAGUUGGGGGCUGUGGAAAGGGUGGGCCAGCUUGCAGGGGUGCGAGAGGGUGGGAGAGGGUGGGAGAGGGAGGGAGGAGGAAGGGAGACAUUCCACUUGGGCUUUUCCCUCCUAAUAAAUCAGCCGUCACUCACUUUUGUACUGAACAAGCCUUUCCCUGAGGGUCAGGGGAGGGACUGGCUGCAGGUACUGUGAAGGUGCUUUUCCCCCUCGGACAAGUGUGCCCACAUCUUCCUUCUUUUCUCUUGAAGAUGUGACUCCUUUGGAUCUCCUCCCAGCCCCUUGGCCGAGUCACCAGGGAGCAGGACCUUCCUGAGGCAGCCCUUGGCUAACAGUGAGCAGAAGGAAGGCGCAGGGGAGGAGUCCUAGGGAUAUGUUGAAUACACUGGGAGUCAUGAGCCAGAGAAUAGACCCCCUGGCCAGCCCACCCGAG